AUGAACUUCUUCGGAGUUGGAGGUGAAGAUGGGCGUGGUAGUCCAGGCAAACUGGCAGUAUUAGACAUGCCAGGCUAUGGAAAGGGCAGUCGAGAAGAGUGGGGACAGGAGAUCAUGAAAUAUCUUGUCGGGAGGAAGCAAUUACGGCGAGCCUUUUUGCUGGUUGAUACAUUACACGGCCUCAAACGCUCAGACGAAGAGAUCCUUUCAUUGUUCCGUCAGAACGCAAUAUCUCAUCAGAUCAUAUUGUCCAAAGUUGAUCGUAUAUUGUUUCAAAAGUCUCGCCCAUCUUUAGCCCGCAUGGAACAGAACUCUCCAGAGUUGGAUCGCAUAUGUGAAGAAUUGAAGGUCAAGAUACAACCCGGGAACGGAGAAGGCCCGGAAGCUCUCGGUGAGAUCUUGGCAUGCAGUGCUGAAGUGACUCUCGAGGGGAAGAAGCUCGGUAUCGACAAGGUCAGAUGGGCAGUGCUUGCAGCCACAGGCCUUGGUGAAGAGAAGAGGAAGCUUUCGUUGUCAGAGAUCUCGACCGAUACACCAAAUGAUGGUGUUUCCAUUGGGAACACUGUCCAUCCGGACUCUAGUCUCGAACGCUGA